AUGCUGGAAGCACGUCAUCUGCACUCAAACCCUGACUCGCAGAUGGACAACUCGCGGUCGGGACAACAGCACGAACAACAACCCUCGUCCCCCCUACCCCCACCCACCCUACAGGCUGCUAUGGUGAGUCCGCUCACUCUGGCAGCCUGGAAUGUCCGUUCCCCCCUAGACAAUCCUAGGAGCGUUCAUGCGGAACGGAGGACUCUCUAUUUGCGCGAAAACUGACGCGCUGCAAAGUGGACAUUGCUGCUCUCAGAGAGGCCCGCUUCUGGGAGGGCCGAUUGGAGGAGAUGGGUGUCGGCUGCAUCUUCUCCUGGAGCGAUCGCCCAAAGAUAGAACUACGCGACGCUGCCGUCGCCUUUGCCAUCCUGGGACGGCUUCCCUCCAUGAUGCAGGGUAUCAACGACCGACUCAUGGGUCUGCGCCCACUUCUUCAGGGAGUCAAAUACGCCACCAUUAUCAGCGCCCACGCCCCCACCAAUGACCAGCUCUGA